UGCGCUCGAAGCAGCAUUUCUCAUUUAAACAAACACGGCAGUGGAAGAUGGCGGAGAGAGAAUCGUGCCUAAAUAAAUAGGAGAAACGGGGAGGAAGACGGACAGACGGGGGAAAGUGGCGGAAACCGACGCGUUCAGGAGAAAAGCGUAAAUCGGUGCUGAUAUGUGUAGAAGAUGAGCGGCGUGGGCGAGAACUCCAUGGAGCCUCUGUGCCCCGACCGUAAGCGCAAGCUCUCCACCUGCGACACGCCCGGCCUGGGGUGUGAGAAGCGGCGGCGGGAGCAGGAGAGUAAAUACAUCGAGGAGCUAGCGGAGCUGAUCUCGGCUAACCUCAGCGACAUCGACAGCUUCAACGUCAAACCCGACAAGUGCGCCAUCCUCAAGGAGACGGUCCGCCAGAUACGGCAGAUCAAAGAGCAAGGAAAGACCUCGUCCAGCGACGAUGACGUCCAGAAAGCCGACGUGUCCUCCACCGGUCAGGGCGUCAUCGACAAGGAUCACCUGGGGCCACUUUUACUUCAGGCCCUGGACGGCUUCCUGUUCGUGGUGAACAGGGAGGGGAGCAUCGUGUUCGUUUCGGAUAACGUGACCCAGUACCUGCAGUACAAGCAGGAGGAGCUGAUCAACACCAGCGUCUACAACAUCCUCCACGAGGACGACCGCGAGGAGUUCCACAAGAGCCUGCCCCGGAAUAAUCACGUGAACAGCAUGGCCUGGGGAGGAGAGGCUCCUCGACACAAGAGCCACACCUUCAACUGCCGGAUGCACGUCAGGUUCGGACCCGGUCCGGCCGACGACGCCCCGGGGAACCAGCGCUACGAGACCAUGCAGUGCUUCGCCCUCACCCAGCCCAAAGCCAUGAUGGACGAGGGAGACGAUCUGCACUCGUGUAUGAUCUGUGUGGCUCGGCGUGUCACGGCCCUGGAGAGAACGGAGAGCUUCAACACCAGACACGAGCUUUCAGGUAAGCUGAUCCAGAUCGAUCAGAAUUCCCUGCGCGCCACCAUGCGCCCAGGCUGGGAGGACCUGCUGCGACGCUGCAUCCAGAUGUUCCUGCAGCACAGCGACGGGCAGCCCUGGUCCCACAAACGCCACUACCACGAGGCUUAUCUUCACGGUCAUGCCGAGACCCCCGUGUACAGGUUUUCACUAUCGGAUGGCACCCCGGUGACGGCACAGACCAAAAGCAAACUCUACCGCCACCCCAUGAGUAACGAACCCCAAGGCUUCAUAUCAACCCACCUGCUGCAGAGGGAAUCCGGCGGCUGUCGUACCAAUCAGAGCGGCGGCAUGAUGCAGGGCGGUAUGAGGCAGCAGACCAUGGGAGCUGGCCACCCCAACGCCCAGAUGAACAUGGGUCCGGGCGGGGGCAUGGGCGGCAUGGGCAUGAACAGAGGUUACGGAAUGAAGGACGCGGGGCACAUGGGGGUCGGCGGAUCCGUGUACGGCGGCAACCGGAUGAUGCAGAUGAAUCAAAUGAGUCAAAUGAAUCAGAUGAACCAAAUGGGACAGAUGAAUCCCAUGAAUCACUCCGGGAUGCCGCAGCAUCAGCAGCCUCCUUUCCAGGCCACCGGGGGGUACGGACUCGGGGGCGUGAACAGCCCGUCUCAGGGCAGCCCGGUCAUGAACGGUCCUCAGUCCGGUGUCCUCAUGUCUCCCCGCAACAGAGGGAGUCCCAAAAUGGGCUCCAGCCAGUUCUCACCAGGAGGCAUGCACUCGCCCAUGGGUCCCGGCGGUGUGGGCACAUCAGGAGGUGGCGGAGGCGGCACCUCCUUUUCCAGCAGCUCCCUCAAUGCCCUCCAGGCGAUCAGCGAAGGCGUGGGCUCCUCCCUCCCCUCCACCCUCACCUCCCACUCCCCGGCCCACAAACCCGACAGCUCUCCCAGCGUCCACUCCUCCUCCUCCCAGCCCGGCCAGCCCUGCAAACCCGGACACGUGGACUCCAAGAGCCCGGCGGGGGCCUUCGGACUCGGAGCCGGGGACCAGCACCAUCCCCUGCAUCACCACCACCACCACGGGCACGCCCACCAGGCCGAGAGCGGCGCCGGAGACCGACCUGACAGUCAGGCCGGCGGGGGCGGCAAGGACCCCGGGGACGGAAGCGGCGAGGCUGGAAACGCGACGUCGGUGGCGCCUUCCCGGCUCGCAGACAGCAAGGGGCACAAGAAGUUGCUCCAGCUCCUCACCUCGCCCACCGAGGAGCUGGGACUGGGGGUCGGGAGCGGCCCGCCCGGACCUCCGAGCAGCACCGAGGGCAAGGAGCCAGCCUCGGUGAUGAGCCCCUCAUCGACGGGCGUCUCGUCGUCCACCAAUCAAAGCCAGGCUCAUGGAGCGGGAGGAGGAGCCUCAGCAGCCCUGGGCCCCGCCCACUACACGGCGUCUCUGCAGGAGAAGCACAAGAUUCUCCACAAGCUCCUCCAGAACGGAAACACGCCCGAAGAGGUGGCCAAGAUCACCGCCGAGGCCACCGGGAAGGCGGUGCUCGGCCAGGACGCCGGAGGAGACGCCGUGGGAGGCGCCGGCGCAGGAGGCGCGGCGACGUGCGAACCCAAGCAGGAGCAGCACAGCCCCAAAGAGAAAAAAACCAACGCGCUGCUGCACUACCUGCUCAAUAAUAACAACAGCAGCAGCAGCAGCAGCAAGGACGAGCCCAAAGAGCCCGGCGACGUCAAGCCCAAGCCUGAGGAGCUGGACGGGAAAGGAGGCACCGGCGGGAAUAACGGCGUUCCGCUCAGCAGAGGGGCGCAGGACAAACUGGAGGUCAAGAUCAAGUCCGAAACUCCUGACGAGUUGGACUCCAUCCUGGGAGGCCUGAGGGGUUCCGGACCUGAAUUCCCAGAACCGGGAGAUUUAGGAGCGCCUGCCGACGGAGGGAACAAACCUCGGACGUUUCCCGACGACGGGCUGAUAAACAGAGGAAUGGGGGUUCCCGAGAGAUCACCCAUGGGAGGAAACGGUGACUGGGCGAUGCCACGUUCAGGUGCCAGCCCCUCCAUGAUUCGGCCCGGCGUCGAGUCCCACAACAGCAAGGACAUGAUGGGAGGGCCCGGGGUCCCCAGGGUCAGCAGGUCCGGCGGUGUUCCUGGUGCCAGGUCCAUGCUGCAGCAGCAGCUUAUGGAGAUGGGAGCCGGUGACAUGGCGAUGGGAUCGUUCGGCCAGCAGCAGUCCCCAUCGUGGCCGGAUAGUAUGAUGGGAAUGGAAAACAGACGUCAGUUUGGUAACGCCCUGGAUGAUUUGCUGCUCCCUCCCUCCACCUCAGAGGGACAGAUUGAUGAGAGAGCUCUGUUGGACCAGCUCGACUCUCUGCUCAACAACGCCGACGUUUUGGCUUUAGAGGAGAUCGACCGCGCCCUGGGCAUCCCCGACAUCAUCAGCCAGGGUCAGGGCGGGGAGCUGCACCCGGAGCCCUUCCCCGCUCAGGAUCCCUCCAUGAUGAUGGAGCAGAAGCCCAUGUACCCCCAGGGCUACCCCGGCCCCCCGUCCAUGCCCAUGCCCUCCAACUACGGCGCCAACCCCAUGCAGGGGCAGGGCGGGCACCCUCCCGGACCCUACAGCCCGAUGCUCAACCAGAUGGGCCAGCAGGGCAGCUACCCUGGAAUGGGUGGGAUGGGGCCCAUGGGGGGCAUGGGGCACCCGCGCGCCGGCAUGAUGAGGCCGAGGAUGAUGAGCGCCGCCAAACCCACCCGGCUGCAGCUGCAGCAGAGGCUUCAGGGGCCACAGUUUAUGAGCCAGGCUCGUCAGGGUAUGGGCAUGAAGAUGGAGAAUCCGGGAGGAGGACCUGGCAUGAGGCCUGGCAUGCAGCCUGGCAUGGGAGGACAGCCUGGUUUCCUGAACGCUCAGAUGAUGGCCCAGCGCAGCAGAGAGAUCAUGAUGGCACAGAGGAGGCACCGGAUCAUGAUGAUGAUGCAGCAGCACCAGCAGCAGGCAGCGGGCGGAGGCUUCAGCCCCCCUCCCAACGUCACCGCCCCAACGGGCAUGGAGGGCAUGGCGGGCCCCGGCAUGGGUCAGCAGCAGUUCGCCUACGGGGGGGGCUACGGCGACCCCGCCUCGUUCGUCCCCGGCGGAGGACCCAGCCCCCCCAGCGCCAUGAUGCCCGGGCGCAUGGGGCCUCCGCAGAACCCCAUCAUGCAGCAGCACCCCCAGGGAGGUGCCAUGUACCAGGGUCCAGACAUGAAGGCGUGGCCUCAGGGGGCGAUGCCACGCAGCAGUUCGUACCCGCAGCAGGCGUUCGGGCAGCAGGGAUCCGCCGGGCAGUACGGUGGCCCCAUGAUGAUGAACAGCGCCAACGGCGGCCACAUGGGCCAGAUGAACAUGGGCAUGAUGGGUAGGAUGCCCAUGGGACCAGAUCCGAAAUAUUAAAGAGGUCGCCUGGAGGAGCGGAGGGCUCCCGGUUCAGGGGAAAUGGCCGGACCUCGUUCGGACCUCGUUCGGACCUCGUGCACUGUGUAAUUAUACACGUACCGACACACAGACUGAAAGCUGAUCUCAGAUCUUCGCCUGGACCGUCCUCCUCCUCUUUUUGUCCCUCAGUAUUCGUCUACGUCUUUUCUGUCUCUAAAGCUCUGAGCUGUCUGACUAACGGAAAGCGGUUGGAAUGUAAAUAUGGCGCCGAGGCCGACCGUCUGGAUGUAAGCUCGGCGUCUGUCUGGUCAAAGGUACCGCCGGGAUCGCACUUUACCAGGAAAGCUAAGCCGACCCGCGGCGGAAGGAUCGUUGCAAUAUAUUUGGGGGUUUGGACACCGAGACAAGCACAGGUUCGAUCUGGCCGCGCAGGGCGGAGCAAUAAUCCGGCGCCGCGGACACGCCGAGGCGCCGCAGUAUUAGAGCGACUCUGUGAUCCGCCUGUAAAUACGCUUCAGAUGUAUUUUAUCCGCUUUUGUAGCUCCGAAUCACGUUUUUUGCACACAUGGGCGAGCUUGCUAUACGAACCGUGAGCCGGCUGUUCUGCGUUUUAGCUCAAUUCAGCUUUUAUUUACUUUUAUCUUGUUUGUAAUAUUCGUGUAAGAGCGCGCGGCUUUUGCUGAUUGUCUUUAACAUAAACGCGACCGUGUUUAUCGUUUAUUGUUUUUAAAAAAGCACUUUUGUACGAUUAUUCAUCACGUCAGACUCGUUCUCGCUGUAUUAUACUGUACACACGUCCAUUUACGCUCAUGUGGAGGAAUUUUGAGGACCAAAUGACCUCUGUUCUGAUUGGUGCGUCCACUCGAUUGGCUUCACGCUCUAUGUGAAUGAGUAAAUGAAAAAAAAAAAUCGCAUUUAUUUAAAUGAAUAAAUCAGAGAUUAAAUAAUAAAUACAUGUUUUGUGCCUUAUUUAAUCAUGGUAAGUUAUGUAUUGUGGUUUAACACACCGUGUGUGUGUGUGUUCAUUUGGUUCCUAAAAUCCCUCCGUCCACUAAAACUAAACUUCAUUCAGUAGAAAUAAAUCUGCGUUCCAGUACAUUUUGCUUCUACAGCUCCAGUGUUUGAUGUGAACGUGACCCACGAGUGGCUGUACAGACGUUUCGGCUUUACGUCAGCAUCGUAGCGAAGUGUAAAGCUCAAUUAGCCAACCACACACACACACACACACACACACACACGUGUUACACCCGGACGAGCUGUGUGUGUAAUUGUGCUGAUUGUUUUUUUUUUUUUGUCUUCUGUGUUAAAUUAUUCGCUCUCAACGGUUUGAAAACUGUACGGCAUGCUAACUAUGCUAACUUGUAUCAUGAUACCUGCCGCCGGUUUUAUAAAGACGACGUUAAACACGC